CAAGGUCCUUGGUGGGAAGGUAUCGGCGUCGCGUCACAGGCCUUGACCGAGAAGUGGAUCCUUCGAGAGGCAGCUGAACCAUUCAUUCUGAAAGAGUUGUAUGAGCGGCAAAAGCAUCCGUUCACAGCCCCCAUCAAAUGGCCUAGGGGCGAACCGCUUUACAACAUGCUUCUGAGUAUCCUGACUAGAGAUAGAGUGGAGAAUCUCGGCUUCGUGGAUUAUGAUGUGGUUGAGGAUGCGCUUGAUCGUGGCUUUGGUGAAAAGGCAGAUGUCAAAGCUUUUAGAAUUCUGCUUUUGUUGCUGCUUGGGUAA